AUGGAGUGGGGUUACCUGUUGGAAGUGACCUCGCUGCUAGCCGCCUUGGCGCUGCUGCAGCGCUCGAGCGGCGCCGCCGCCGCUUCGGCCAAGGAUCUGGCAUGCCAAGAGAUCACUGUGCCGCUGUGCAAGGGCAUCGGCUACAACUACACCUACAUGCCCAACCAGUUCAACCACGACACACAAGAUGAGGCGGGCCUGGAAGUGCACCAGUUCUGGCCCCUGGUGGAGAUCCAGUGCUCCCCCGACCUCAAGUUCUUUCUGUGCAGCAUGUACACGCCCAUCUGCCUGGAAGACUACAAGAAGCCUCUGCCGCCUUGCCGCUCGGUGUGCGAACGCGCCAAGGCCGGCUGCGCGCCGCUCAUGCGCCAGUACGGCUUCGCUUGGCCUGACCGCAUGCGCUGCGAUCGGCUGCCGGAGCAGGGCAACCCCGACACUCUGUGCAUGGACUACAACCGCACCGACCUCACCACGGCCGCGCCCAGCCCACCGCGCCGCCUGCCGCCGCCGCCGCCCGGCGAGCAGCCGCCCUCAGGCAGCGGGCACGGCCGUCCGCCAGGGGCCAGGCCCCCACACCGUGGCGGCGGCAGCAGGGGCGGCGGGGACACGGCGGCUGUGCCCCCCUCGCGCGGCGGGAAGGCGAGGCCCCCUAGUGGUGGCGCCGCUCCUUGCGAGCCUGGGUGCCAGUGCCGCGCGCCGAUGGUGAGCGUGUCCAACGAACGCCACCCGCUCUACAACCGCGUCAAGACGGGUCAGAUCGCCAACUGUGCGCUGCCCUGCCACAACCCCUUUUUUAGUCAGGAUGAGCGCGCCUUCACCGUCUUCUGGAUCGGCCUGUGGUCGGUGCUCUGCUUCGUCUCCACCUUCGCCACCGUCUCCACCUUCCUCAUCGAUAUGGAGCGCUUCAAGUACCCGGAACGGCCCAUCAUCUUCCUCUCCGCCUGCUACCUCUUCGUAUCAGUCGGCUACCUGGUGCGCCUGGUGGCAGGGCACGAGAAAGUGGCCUGCAGCGGUGGCGCUCCGGGUGCGGGAGGAGCUGGGGGUGCUGGCGGCGCCGCUGCUGCUGGCGCGGGGGCGGCGGGAGCGGGGGCGAGCGGCCCGGGCGCGCGCGGCGAGUACGAGGAGCUGGGAGCAGUGGAGCAGCACGUGCGCUAUGAGACCACCGGCCCCGCGCUGUGCACGGUGGUCUUCCUCCUUGUUUAUUUCUUUGGUAUGGCCAGCUCCAUCUGGUGGGUAAUCCUGUCGCUCACGUGGUUCCUGGCGGCUGGCAUGAAGUGGGGCAACGAGGCCAUCGCGGGCUACUCACAGUACUUCCACCUGGCCGCGUGGCUAGUGCCCAGCGUCAAGUCCAUCGCGGUGUUGGCGCUCAGCUCCGUGGACGGCGACCCGGUGGCGGGCAUCUGCUACGUGGGAAACCAGAGCCUCGACAACCUGCGCGGCUUCGUGCUAGCGCCGCUGGUCAUCUACCUCUUCAUUGGCACCAUGUUUCUGUUGGCUGGUUUCGUGUCCCUAUUCCGAAUCCGCUCAGUUAUCAAGCAGCAAGGAGGCCCAACCAAGACGCACAAGCUAGAGAAGCUCAUGAUCCGCCUGGGCCUUUUCACCGUGCUCUACACGGUGCCCGCCGCCGUCGUUGUCGCCUGCCUUUUCUAUGAACAGCACAACCGUCCUCGCUGGGAGGCCACUCACAACUGCCCAUGCCUUCGGGACCUGCAGCCUGACCAGGCGCGCAGGCCGGAUUACGCGGUCUUCAUGCUCAAGUACUUCAUGUGCCUGGUGGUUGGCAUCACGUCGGGCGUGUGGGUCUGGUCCGGCAAGACUCUGGAGUCCUGGCGCGCGCUGUGCACCCGCUGCUGCUGGGCCAGCAAGGGCGCAGCAGUAGGCGCGGGAGCCGGAGGCAGCGGCCCGGGGGGCGGCGGCCCCGGGCCAGGCGGGGGUGGGGGACCCGGUGGAGGCGGGGGAUCUCUCUACAGCGACGUCAGCACCGGCCUGACGUGGCGAUCUGGCACGGCCAGCUCCAUGUCUUACCCUAAACAGAUGCCAUUGUCCCAGGUCUGAACCCUGAGCGGACGCCCAGAAGGGGCGGAGAGGGGUGGGGGAUGGGGGAGCCCGAGGGCGGCUUAGGGACCCCAGACAGGCCGGGGUUCCCACCCCUCCACCGUGUUGAUUGCUAUUAGCAUGAUAAUGAACUCUUAAUGGUAUCCAUUAGCCGCUGGGACUUAAAUGACUCCCUUAGAACAAAGUACCUGGCAUUGAAGCCUCCCAGACCCAGCCCCUCCCCUCCGACGCUCCGGAGCGCCUCCCCCAGGCGAUGGUUUCAGUCUGCUAGGAGAGUUGGAACCCUCCUGGGUACCCUGGCUGAGCCUUGAGGUCAAGCUGCAGACUUCACCCGAGGGACCGCUUCACCCUCAACCCCGCCUGCAUAAAUUCACUCCUCACACCCUGGAGGAGGACGACUGCUACCUUGUAGGAUUGCACGGUUUGGGUAUUCCUAAUGACCAGGCAGAGGCCUUAAAUAAACAAGAGAUGUCUUAAUUAUACACCCCAAGUAAAUACGGGUUUCUUACAUUAGAGGAUGUAUUUAUAUAAUUAUUUGUUAAAUUGUAAAAAAAGAAAAAAGAAAAGAAAAGAAAAAGUGUAAAAUAUGUAUAUAUCCAAAGAUAUACAACGUGUACAUUAUCUGUAAAAAGUUUAGAGGCUUCCCCUGUAAGAACAAAUAUAAGUAUUCUAUUUUGUCAAUAAAAUGACUUUUGAUAAAUGA